UUAAGGGGUGUCUGUAGCCCGGCAUGCAGCGCUGUUCCGUGCUAGGCGUUGCAGUGCGAGCUGUGAUGGAAGCAUCGACCGCGAAGCCGGGUUGAGGAGCAGACUGUGCAAGCGGCCACGGGGAUUCUCAGCCCAGCGGCGGCUGUUCGCUGCCGGCUGCCCAGCGCGCACCAUGACUGCCAACACCGCCGGUUGCCGCUUUGCAGAUUACUUCGCCAUAUCUGGGCUUGACGUGGAGACCGGAUUGGAGCCGGACGAGCUCUCGGCCUUAUGCCAGUUCUUACAGGCUUCUAAAGGCAGAGAUGGUGCUGGGCGUGUCAGUUCAAGUGCAGAUGAAGGUGAAAACUAUGAGCAGAGCCCAUUGCGCCGAACUUUUAAAUCUAAAGUGUUGGCUCACUAUCCCGAAAAUGUGGAAUGGAACCCUUUUGACCAGGAUGCUGUUGGGAUGCUCUGCAUGCCCAAAGGCCUAUCCUUUAAAACGCAAUCUGAUAACCGAGGUCCACAGUUCCAUUCGUUUAUCAUCACACGUGAAGAUGGUUCUCGCACUUAUGGAUUUGCCCUCACCUUUUAUGAAGAGGUGGCAAGUAAACAAAUCUGCAGUGCAAUGCAAACACUGUAUCACAUGCAUAAUGCAGAUCAAUACGACAUCCUUCAUACCUCAUCUACAAUCUGCAUAAACUCCUCUGAGAAUAUCUCUGACAAUUGCAGCGACUUAUCUACCGGAGUGACAAAGCUACAGCGUUUUAACUCCUACGACAUUAGCAAGGAUACGCUGUAUGUCUCAAAAUGCAUUUGCUUGAUUGCACCCCUUCCUUUCAUGCACGCCUGUAAGAAGGUUCUUGAGCAACUCCAUCAAGCUGUGACUUCUCCUAAACCACCUCCGCUGCCACUGGAAAGUUAUGUUUACAAUAUCCUCUAUGAAGUGCCGCUGCCGCCAGCAGGAAGAUCUUUAAAAUUUCUGGGUGUUUAUGGCCCAAUUAUUUGCCAAAGGCCAGGCACCAAUGAGUUACCACUAUUUGACUUUCCAAUUCAUGAAAUGUUUGAACUCUUGGGCCUGGAAAAUAUUCUCCAACUCUUCACCUGUGCAUUGCUGGAGAUACAAAUCCUGCUCUACUCCCAACAUUACCAGAGACUGAUGACAGUAGCAGAAAGUAUCACUGCAAUACUCUUUCCCUGCCAAUGGCAGCAUGUGUAUGUUCCUAUACUCCCUGCAUCACUCCUUCAUUUUUUAGAUGCUCCUGUUCCCUACUUGAUGGGUUUACAUUCCAAUGGACAGGAUGAUCGGUCCAAAUUAGAGUUACCACAUGAGGCAAAUCUGUGCUUUGUGGAUAUAGACAACCAUUCCAUUGAGCUGCCUGAAGACUUGCCACAGUUUCCAAACAAAUUAGCAUUGAUUCAAGAAAUCUCUGAAAUCCUAAUGGCUUUUGGGAUUCCACCUGAAGGGAACUUGCACUGCAGUAAAAGUACCUCUAAGCUGAAAGAUUUUAAAGAGAGCAACGUGGUCUGCGAUAAGAAGAAUGGAAAUGUAGCUGGGUUGGCACUGAGCACCUAUGAAUUACUAAAGGAAAAUGAGACCAUGGCAAGGCUGCAGGCCCUUGUGAAGAGGACUGGAGUCAGUUUAGAGAAGCCAAUCCCCGCACUUACUCCUUCACCUGCUGCUUCCUUGAAGCUGGAAGUAAGAGUAGAAGCUGGAAGUAACAAAGAUUUUAAAGUUCAUUGUGACGAGGAGGAACUGAAGAUUCAUCAGCUUAACAUCAAGAUCAGGGAGAUCUUUGCCAAUCGCUUUACUCAGGUGUUUGCUGAUUAUGAGGUGUUUGUAAUUCAACCAAGCCAUGACAAGGAAUCCUGGUUCAAUAAUCGGGAACAAAUGCAGAACUUUGAUAAGGCUUCUUUCCUUUCAGACCAGCCAGAGCCUUAUCUACCAUUUCUGUCCAGGUUUCUUGAAACACAAAUGUUUGCAUCAUUCAUUGAUAAUAAAAUAAUGUGUCACGACGAUGAUGAAAAAGACCAAAUUCUUAGGGUAUUUGAUACCCGAGUUGACAAAAUAAGGACUUUGAAUGUUAGAACACCGACACUCCGUACAUCCAUGUAUCAGAAAUGUACGACUAUUUAUGCAGCAGAGAAGGCUAUUAAGCUGAGACUUGCCAAAAUUGACCACACCGCAGUACACCCUCACCUACUAGAUAUGAAGAUCGGCCAGGGAAAAUAUGAAUGUGGAUUCUUCCCAAAACUACAGCCAGAUGUGCUCUCCUCCUCACCAGCCUGUAACAAAUGGGUGAAGAGAAGUGCGCCAGCCCAGUGGAGGCGAAAGGACAGGCAAAAACAGCACACCGAACACCUACACUUGGAUAAUGAUCAAAGAGAGAAAUACAUCCAGGAAGCUCGGAGCCUUGGCACAGGUGUGCGUCAGCCCAAGUUAUCCAACCUUUCGCCAUCAGUAAUUGCACAUACCAACUGGAAGUUUGUUGAGGGUCUGCUGAAGGAAUGUCGUAACAAAACAAAGCGCAUGUUGGUGGAGAAAAUGGGGCGUGAAGCUGUGGAAUUGGGUCAUGGGGAGGUGACCCUCACAGGAGUGGAGGAAAAUACAUUAAUAGCCAGCCUCUGUGAUUUGUUGGAGAGAAUAUGGAGUCAUGGACUACUGGUCAAGCAAGGUAAAUCAGCCCUCUGGUCUCAUCUGUUACAUUACCAGGAGAGUAAAGAGAAAAAUGAAGCUUUGCUUGGAACCACCAGCAGCCCAGGACUCAUCCACGAUCAAGAUAGGAGGAAAAUUGAUAGUUCUUGCAUGCCUCCCUUGAAGAUCUCUCUCACACGGGAUAUGAGGCAUAUUCAGAAUAUUGGUGAGAUCAAAACUGACGUGGGCAAGGCUCGAGCUUGGGUGAGACUUUCGAUGGAAAAGAAACUGCUGUCUAGACAUCUCAAGCAGCUGCUAUCAGACCAUGAGUUAACAAAAAAACUUUAUAAACGUUAUGCCUUCCUUCGCUGUGAUGAUGAGAAGGAACAAUUCUUGUACCACCUCCUUUCAUUCAAUGCAGUGGAUUACUUCUGCUUUACAAAUGCAUUUACAACAAUCAUGAUUCCAUACCAUGUGUUGGUCAUACCCAGUAAGAAGUUGGGUGUCUCCAUGUUCACAGCAAAUCCCUGGAUCUGUAUCUCAGGAGAGUUGGGAGAGACUGGUAUCUUACAAAUACCCAAAAGUAUCCUUGAAAUGACAUUUGAGGAGAAAUACUCAUUGCGGACUUUGGCCAACUUCUACUGCUCCACACAAAGAGGGUCACCUUGGUUCCUGAGGUGUCAGAACUUGGGAAAACUUACAACUGUGCUGAUUGGCCAUGAUAACUCAGGGUUGUAUGCCAAAUGGCUUGUGGACAGUGUUGUGGUUCGGAAUGAAAUAACGGGACACGCAUACAGAUUUCCAUGCGGCAGGUGGCUCGGAAAAGGAGUAGAUGAUGGGAGUCUGGAAAGGAUUCUUGUUGGCGAGCUUGCAUCUGCCACUCUGGAAACCGAUGAGCGUCACUGUCGCACUCCCCCGAUGCAGCAAUCCCCAAGUAUGAUAAGGAGAUUUGUCAAUAUAACUCCUGCCAAUAGACCAAAGCUAAACACUGGCCAAAUACAAGAAUCUGUAGGUGAAGCCAUCAAUGGGAUUGUCAAACACUUUCACAAGCCUGAGAAGGAGAGGGGCAGCCUGACAUUACUACUCUGUGGGGAAAAUGGACUUGUGACAGCUUUAGAGCAGGUGUUCCACCAUGGAUUCAAGUCACCGCGACUCUUCAAAAGUGUUUUUAUUUGGGAUUUUUUGGAAAAAGCAUUUGUCUACUUUGAGAGUUUGGAACAUACAGAACAAACCCAGGAAGAGAACUGGCAAACUCGGGCUAAGAAAUUUUGCACCUUCGUUGCUGCCAUUAAUACUGCCCCUCGGAACAUUGGCAAGGAUGGAAAGUUCCAACUACUUGUGUGUCUGGGGGCAAGGGAUCACCUCUUGCACAACUGGAUUGCGCUGCUAGCUGAUUGCCCCAUCAUUGCUCAGAUGUAUGAAGAUACAGCUCUGAUUAAAGACCACACUCUAGUUAACUCUCUCAUCAGAGUGCUGCAAACCUUACAGGAAUUUAAUAUCACACUGGAGACGUCACUGGUCAAAGGUAUCGACAUGUAACUCCAUUCACCAGCAUCCAACGGAAGACCAUACAAAAAAAUGACGCAUACGUAACAUCCAAUUUUCCAACUGCAAAGGGAACCCGCUCUAGUAGAAAUCAACAACUUGUUUUGAAGUUACAGGAGCUAUUUGCCAUAUAAUAUAUGCCCAGAGCUGUUUUGAACCGAUACCCAAGAUUGGGAAGGCAAUUGUAAGGUUUGAGAAAAUAUGCAUCUGUGCAGAUUUUUAAUGUUGUUGUCAAUUGUAGGUAAUCGUUCUUGGUUGUACAGUGUUGUGCAGCCUAUCCAAGAAUGAUGCUUGUUUCAAACUUUUUUUUCUAAAAGAAGAAAAGUAUUAAGUUUGAUUUAUUUUGCUGCAGAUUGCCAAGACUUGCACUGUUAAGCUGCAGUUGAAAUAGUGUCUGAAAUUUUAAAUGUAUAUAAAGCCUGUGCACUGAAUUAUGCACAGCAUUUACUUUGUAGCUGCUAAAAAGUGUGUGUGUUUGUAUGUAUGAGUGUGUGUAUGUGUAUAUAACAUGCAAUGUGUGUGUCUGUAUAUAUGUGAUAUAAUGUUUAUAUGUGUGUCUGUGAUAUACAUAAACAGUAUUCUUGUAAAUUAAAUUAGCAAAUUGGUAACAUUUUUUCAAAUGCCGGUGAGCAAGGAUUGAAAAUAACAUGCUGAUAUUGUGCUGAGAAAACACAGUAUUCAUAACAUUUUUGAAUUAAAAGAAAGAUACUCUUCCUCAGUUUUCUGUUUACCUUCUGUUACAUAGAGUUGAGAAUUGAUAGCCCAUAAUUAAUGUUAGUCCUUGGCAUUCAACUGCUGAUGAAGUCACUUUAUGAGUUUGUGCAGUGCAACAUUAAAGUCCAAAAAGCUGUAUGUUCACAAUUUGUUUUAGUGUGCACAUGUAUGGCUUAUGUUUUUUAACGCAUUUUCUAGUUGGCUGCUACUAUCUAUUGUAAUACCAUCUAUGAUCCUGGGAACAUGAGAAGAAUUUCUACCAACAGGGUUAUCACACUUCAAUUUAAUGUUUACUCUCUUUACAUUCUGUGCAUGUGUCGGAUAUUAACAUUCCUGGGCAUGAAAAAUAUGUUUUUUUGAGUAUCUGGGUUUUCUUUUAUAUACAUUAUGGGAUUACCCCCUAUUUAUCACAUGAAUAUACUUUAACAAAAGCGUUCUGGAUUUCUUACUCUGAUAUAAUGAGGUAAAAUGAUUUUCCAUCCAGCUGUGAUUUUUAGACUGUGACGUUUUAGACUUUAUCAAAUUAUAUUGUUGCAAGUUAUUUUUCUGUAAAGUGGGCUCUAAUAUUCCUGUGAAGUUUUAUUACAGUAAUAAAGAUUUAGCACAAUAUUAUUUUUACUAGCAAUAAUAUCAGUAUUUACUGUGUUUGUUGUGCCAGUGAACUUGAUAAUAGCCAUAUUUAAUAUCCAGAUUGUUGUUCACAUACCUUGAAAUGUCUGCAAAAUCAAUUAAAAAUCAACAACUAAUUUACAUUUGAGGCAAAAUGACCAACAAACCAUGUGUAAUAAAUAGCAUAACUUUAGCACGAGGGUGGUAAAUCUAUACUAUUCAUUGCCACAGACGGCUGUGGAGGACAAGACUUUUGGUAAUUUUAAAGCAGAGAUUGAAAGGUUCUUGCUACGUAAGGGUAUCAAAAGUUACGGGGUAAAGGCGAGAGAAUGAGGUUGAGUGGGAAAGAUAAAUCAGCCAUGAUUGAAUGGCAGAGUAGACUCAAUGGGCCGAAUGGCCUAAUUUUGCUCCUUAUGAACUUCUAACGGAAACUAGUUUGUUUCUGUUACCCGAAACACAUGAAACAGUAGUGAAAGGCUUGGAUAGAGUGGAUGUGGGGAAGAUGUUUCCACGAGUGGGAAAGUCUACGACUGGAGGUCAUAGCCUCAGAAUUAAAGGGUGCUCUUUUAGAAAGGAGGUGAGGAGGAAUUUCUUUUGUCGGAGGGUAGUUAAUCUGUGGAACUCAUUGCCACAGAGGGCUGUGGAGGCCAAGUCAGUGGAUAUUUUUAAGGCAGAAAUAUAUAGAUUGUUGAUUAGUACGGAUGUCAGAGUUUAUGGGGAGAAGGCAGGAGAAUGCGGUUAGGAGGGAGAGAUAGAUUGAAUGGCGGAGCAGACUUGAUGGGCUGAAUGGCCUAAUUCUGCUCCCAUCAUUUAUGAUCUUUAGAUGAUCCUGCGAAACAACAUUAAUAGAUUGGACAUAGCUAUUAUUGAUCAUUUAACAAGUUGUGUUUUAAUUUGCCACUGUUUCGACUGUGAUUUUAUUUGUGUGACAAUGAUAUAGCAAGAGAAAAGCUUAUGCCUUGGAAGAUCCACCAUAUAUUUUCUUAACCAAAUAAACUGAAUGAUUGCAAAAUAAUAUGAUGACUGAGAAGGAAGUGUAAAUUAGAAUCUGUAAAAUCAAUAUCAAAUCGGAUUCAAAAUGAGAAAUAAUGAACAAUAAAGAAUAAAAAUAGAAUAUGCAAGGAAAAAUGUUACAUUUCACAUUUUUAAUUCUCCAUGAAUUAAAACCUGAAGGAAUUAAGUGGCACUUGUAAUAACAAUGUUUAAUAUCUAUUUAAUAAUUAUUAACACACAUAUUGUUAAAGUAUGUGCAUUACGACAACUUUCCAUGUUGAAUUGUUGGUAUCCAAGAAUUCCAUCUUGGUAUCACCAAGUAGAUGAACAAAGAGGCAGAGAUAUACCAUUUUCAUAAUGCAGUUGACUGAACAUCACAAAUUAGAGAAUAAUUUUUCAAUAUUUGAACUUAAUUGUACUGCUUCUCUUGCUCAGAAUUUGCAGCAUUGUUUGUACAUCAGUAAACAAAUGUGCCAGUACAGCUGCUUUUAUUUUCUGGAAUAAUAUUUCAAUUGGGCCAUUAGAAAUUUGACAUUGCCAGGUAGAAACCAGAAUUGCAAUUCAGGGUGUCAGUCCAAUAGUUUAGUAACUGCACCAAAGAAUAACACCACCAAGUGGACAUAAUGGCUUCUUUGUCUGUUCAACUUGGUGCUUUUUUUUAAUAACAUAAUGUAACAAUUGUAUCCCAAGUGUACAAUAGAAGUGAGGAGAGAUGACAAACCAGGGACUAUAAAGUACAAGGUAACAACUAAUGAAUCAAAAAGUGAGCCUGGGAGAGGCUUCUUUAUCAAGGCAGGUCAGAACAUGAAACAUCAGAAGGAGUAUCUGAGGCAAAUAGCAUGAUACAUGUGGGGGAAAACUAAAUGAACACGCAUUGAAAAGUAAUCUAUGAUAGCAGAUUUAGGUGAAAAAACUCAGUACGUCAAAGGCAAAUGGUGUAUGAUUAAAUUUAAAUUGUUUUAUUGUUCAAAUUGUAUAGAUGUAUGGAAUCAUUUUCCAGAAUUUUUAAUUAUCAGCAAUUGUACAUUUAAUAUUCUUAGUUUUAAGUUCUAAGCUACAGGCAGAGGUUGGGCAAGCCAGAACUAUUUCUUGGAGCACAGAAGGCUGAGGGGAGAUCUUAACGAGGUGUAUAAAAUCAUAAGGAGAAAGGGGUGAAUGCACAGUUCUUUUUACCAGGGUUGAAGAACUAGAUGGGAGAAGAUUAAGGUGAGAUGGAAAAUAUUUUAUAGGAACCUAAGGGGCAACGUUUUCAUGCAGGGGGUGAGGAGUACUGUAUAUGGAAUGGGCUGCCAGCGGAAGUAGUUGAGGCAGGUACAAUAAAAACAUUUAAAAUACAUUUGAAUAGGUGCAGGGAUAUGAACAGUUUAGAGGGAUGUGCGCAAAUUGGACUAACUUAGAUGAUAAAUGUUGGUAGGCAUGGACAAAUUGGGCCAAAGAGCCUGUUUUCAUACUCAAUUACUUCAUGUAGAUAAUGUGGGCAUCAUUCUGUUCCUAAUUUCAAUAGAGACCAUUUUCCCUUUUUAACAGUGGUGUUAUUUUCCAAACAUUUCUUCUCUCGCCCCCGUUUUUCUCAUUCGCACCACACGACUACACACCAGUGUGUCCAAUUUAUAAAUCCUCAAUGAAUAUUUGGACUUGCUGACUAAAACUGGGUCACACGUUUUGUAUCCAAUGCAAUGAAAAGGCGAUGGUAAAUUGUAAAGGAAAAGUGGAAUUUGCCGCCAAGUUACACAAAUUUCAGUUUUCCGAUCUUCAAUGCUCCUGAUAAUGUACUGAGGACAUGCAAGGAACUGCAGAUAGUGGUUUACAAAAAAACUUGCAGUGCUGGAGUAACUAUUUGAAGUUUACGGUAAGAGAUGCAACUGGCUUCCUUACCAUUCUUUCUUUCAAAAUGCUACUUAUAAUUUAAUUUCAUUAGUUAUGUAGCUUAGUGCUACUUAAGAAUUUUUUUAAAUCAUAAAACCUUAAUCUAAAUACAUGUUCUGGUAUUGUGAAUCUCAAUGGUGAUAAUGGAGUUUCUCCAAAACUGCUCUUUCUCUAAAACACUCUUUAGGAGAGUCGAAAGGACACAGGAAUAAAUGUGGCUUGCCUUGCUAGAAUGAGAGCAUUUAAUAUCUUUUGGUACACUCAUGUUAGAGCUUGAAGUGUUCGUUCAAUCACUUACUUAAAGGUUCUCGCUUUAAGUGCCCUCAGUACUAACUUCACCUU